AUGGAACUUCCAACUUCAUCCGAUGCUAAAUCCUCGGCAGCCCAACUCACAAUUUUCUAUGGAGGGACCAUAAAUGUGUACGAUAAAGUUACAAUUGAUAAGGCCCAAGCUAUUAUGCUGCUAGCUGGUGAAAACUCCUUGUCAGCCCCUGUUGUGGAAAGUGUACCAACAAUAGAUAUGACAAAAGUUACAAAACCAGUUCAGCCAUCCAAUUUCCCUCAAUUUGCAAGUUACAAGCAGACAUUCCAAUUGCAAGAAAGUAUUCCCUCCAACGAUUUUUAG